AUGGAUGCACUCAAGGCUGAAGUCGCUGCUAAGCGCAAAGCGAUCCAGGAUGACCCAAGCGCCGCUUCUCGUCCAACAAAGUACAUGCGAAGAGGUGACAUAGAACGCCUCAAACAGGAACAAGAAGAAGCUGCACUGCAGGCAACUGCUGCGUCACUGACGCCUAUCGUUUCCAAGGCAUCCUCACCCUCAACUUCAAAAGCACCCUCUGUAGCCCGCGAAACGGAGUCGCCUAUACCAGAGUCAUCUUUCAAUAUAUCUAAUGAGGAAACCAUCAGGCGUCUUCGCGCAAAGAGCCAACCCAUUCGACUCUUUGGCGAGUCCGACAAGGAUCGCAGACUUCGACUGCGUGCUCUUGAGCUCAUCGAAGAGAAAGGCACAGAACGUCAAGGGGGUCAGAAUGACUUUAAGAAGGCAUUGGAAGAUGUUGAAAAUAACGAGCGAGAAUUGAAAAAUAAGAACACGAAAGGGAAGAAGAGGGGCGAUGCGGAUCCUGGUGCCAACGGAGUCCUUGACCUUGCCCUCAUCAAGACUGACCCGGACAAAUUGUAUCCUUUGAUAUAUUACGCUCUUAAACGAACCCUCAAGGAAUGGGGAGAAGCUAUGGACGAACGACCAGACAACGUCAAACGUACCACUCAGGGUAAAUUGGCUGCCGCAACACAGGUGCAAUCCGCGGAAUACUUAAAACCUUUGUUCAAGACUCUUCGUUCAAGAUCUUUACCUCAAGACAUGCUCGCUCGCAUGGCCGAAAUCGUGCAUCACAUGCAGAAAAGGCAGUACCAACGUGCAAACGAUUCUUACUUGAGACUCUCAAUUGGGAACGCGCCUUGGCCGAUUGGUGUUACUAUGGUUGGUAUUCACGAACGUUCUGCUCGAGAAAAGAUUUCUGCGGACCAGGUAGCUCACGUCCUAAAUGACGAAGUCAGUCGAAAGUACAUUCAGAGUCUCAAACGGCUUUUGACAUUCUCUCAAACCAAGUAUCCGCCAGAGGAUAUUUCUCAGCUCAUGGGAUAGGACUUGCCAGUCAUCAGCGUCUGCCUUUCAUGUAUCAUAUUCCGGCCUUUACCUGUAAUACUACCUAUCGUUUGCCUUUC